ACCAUCACCACAACAACAUUCACAAAGAAGAAGAAAAAAAACAAAACCCCAACCUUGCUUGCUGCAUCUCCCUUUGUCCGAUGGCGAACAAUCAUCAACAGAAUCAGGAAGAAGGGGCCUUCCAGCUUAGUGUCACCCGCAAGGAGCCGACCCUUGUCACCCCGGCGGACGAGACCCAGAAAGGUUUCUACUUCCUCUCAAACCUGGACCAGAACAUCGCAGUCAUCGUCCGCACAAUCUACUGCUUCCACUCCGAAAACAGGGGAAACGAGGAUGCCAUCGAUGUGAUCAAGGAUGCUCUGUCCAAAGUCCUGGUUCACUACUACCCGCUCGCUGGCCGCCUCACUCUAAGCCCCGAGAUGAAGCUGAUUGUGGACUGCACUGCCGAGGGUGCCGUCUUCGUCGAGGCCGAAUCCGACUGUCACGUUUCUCAGAUUGGAGACAUCACAAAGCCUGAUCCUGUCACUCUGGGGAAGUUGGUUUAUGAUAUUCCUGGCGCUCAGAACAUUCUUCAGAUUCCACCUCUUGUUGCUCAGGUAACAAGAUUCAAGUGUGGAGGUUUCGUUCUGGGUUUGUGCAUGAACCACUGUAUGUUCGACGGAAUCGGUGCGAUGGAGUUCGUCAAUUCGUGGGGCGAAACGGCCCGUGGGCUGCCACUCAACGUCCCACCGUUUAUGGACCGGACAAUUCUGAAAGCCCGAGUCCCGCCCCAAAUCGAAAACCCUCACCACGAGUUCGCCGAGAUCGAGGACAUAUCAAACGCCACCAGGCUCUACGAGGAGGAAGAGAUGCUCUACCGUUCUUUCUGCUUCGACCCGGAAAAGCUCCAGCGCGUCAAGGCCAGAGCACUCCAAGACGGCUCCUUGCCCAAAUGCACGACCUUCGAAGCCCUCUCCGCCUUCGUCUGGAAAUCGCGGACCCAGUCCCUCAAACUUCUCCCCGAUCAGGAGACCAAGCUCCUCUUCGCAGUGGACGGCAGGGGCAAGUUCGUGCCCCCGAUUCCAAGCGGCUACUUCGGCAACGCAAUCGUGCUCACCAAUUCGCUCUGCAAAGCAGGGGAGAUUGUGGAAAACGACCUGUCGUUUGCGGCGAGGCGGGUUCAGGAGGCUGUGAGGAUGGUGGAUGAUGGGUACAUGAGAUCGGCGAUUGAUUAUUUUGAAGCGACAAGGAAAAGGCCGUCUCUGGCUGCGACGCUGCUCAUCACCACCUGGUCGAGGCUGUCUUUCCACACUACAGAUUUCGGGUGGGGGGAGCCAACCGUUGCGGGGCCCGUGGUGCUUCCGGAGAAGGAAGUCAUUCUCUUCCUUUCGCACGGGAAAGAGAGGACGAGCGUUAAUGUGUUGAUGGGAUUACCAGCUUCCGCCAUGGAAACGUUUGAAGGGCUGAUGGAUAUAUGAUUUAUGUUAUUGACUAUGAUCACUAGUUUGUGUAUCUAUUUGGUUGUUGUUUUCAAGGAUUUCAUGUGUUUGUGAAGAAGUACUCUUCGGUCGAGCUUCUGGGGUUUUUUUUUUUUUUAAUUUAUCUUCGUGUAUGGAGAAUUAUUGGGUCCUGUUUGCUAUCUAGUUGAUUGAUUAAUGAUGUGUUCAUGUAUGAAGAAUUAUCGGCACCUUGUUUGCUAUCUAAUUCAUUGAUUUAUGAUGUGUUACUGUUCACCAUUUUUACUCAUCUGAAAAAAAAAAAAAAAUGAGAGAAGGAAUGUGUCACAACCUAACUCGAUCCAGCUUUACUUUUUUCAUAAUGUCAUUGAUAAUAGGGCAAUGUCUAUUUUUCACCCAAAAUUUUUCAAAUUUUUAUUUUAUUUUAUCCAAACCUAUUAAAAUGCUAUUUAUUAU